UUAUUUAGCUCGACAGGUCCAGAAGACAGCGGGGAAUUCUGCUCUGGAGCUCCAGCAGCUGGCUCAAGAAAGGGCGGGGGGAGAAAAAAAAAAAUAAAUAAAUAAAAUAAAUAAAAUAAAAGAAGAGACAAUGCCUUAAGGAACAAAAAGUUCAAACUAAAACAAGCUCGGAAACAUUUUAAGAAGCGCACAAGAUGAGACACGCGUCGGCAGAUAACGAGCCGGUGAAAAACUCUUCUCUGAUAAUGACAGGCUUGUUUAAAAUUUGCACACACUGCGAACGGCUUAGUAAAAAGUACAUGGGAGUGCGAAUCCCCAGGCCACUGGGAAACGGACCAAGCAGAUUCAUCCCGGAGAAAGAGAUCCUUCAAGUCAGCAAAGUGGACACCAGAACGCAGUCGAUAUUCGAGGACGCCUUUUCGCUUGGCCGGCUCGAUAACAUCUGCCUGGUGAUGGGCUUCCAUCCUCAGUAUCUGGACUGCUUCCUGAGGACGCAGCAUUACCUGCUUCAGAUGGACGGACCCUUGUCCCGCCACUACAGGCACUACAUUGGCAUAAUGGCUGCUGCCAGGCACCAGUGUUCGUACUUGGUCAAUCUGCAUGUGAACGACUUCCUGCAGGUUGGGGGGGACCCCAAGUGGCUGAACGGACUAGAUGGAGCCCCGCAGAAGCUGCGAGCCCUGGGAGAACUCAACAAGAUCCUGGCUCACCGGCCGUGGCUGCUCACAAAAACACACAUCGAGAAUCUCCUGAAGGCCGAGGAGCACAGUUGGUCUUUAGCCGAGCUGAUCCAUGCGGUCGUGCUGCUCACGCACUACCAUUCUUUGGCCUCGUUCACCUUCGGCUGUGGGAUCACGCCGGACAUUCAUGCCGAAGGCGGACACACUUUUAGACCCCCUUCGGUCAGUGGCUAUUGCAUGUGCGACAUCGCCAACGGCAAUGGUGCUCUGGACGACGUGGUGGGACACCAGCUGGAGAUGGAGGUGUCAGGCGAGGUCGAAGUGCUGAUGGAGAGGAUGAAGCAGCUGCAGGAGUGCCGCGAUGAAGAGGAGGCGAGUCAGGAAGAGAUGGCCACACGCUUUGAGCGGGAGAAGACCGAGAGCAUGCUCGUGACCACAGCAGAAGACGAGGAGUGUGUGCCAUCCAGGGAUGUCUCCAGGCAUUUCGAGGACCCCAGUUACGGCUACCAAGACUUCUCCAGGAGAGGAGAGCAUGUGCCUACCUUCAGAGUGCAGGACUACAGCUGGGAGGACCACGGCUUCUCCUUGGUGAACCGGCUGUACCCGGACGUCGGCCAGCUGCUCGACGAGAAAUUCCAGAUCGUCUACAAUCUCACCUAUAACACGAUGGCCACGCACCAGGGUGUAGACACCUCCAUGCUCCGCCGAGCCAUCUGGAACUACAUCCACUGCAUGUUUGGGAUCAGGUAUGAUGAUUAUGAUUAUGGCGAGAUCAAUGAGUUGCUGGACUGCAGCUUUAAAGUCUACAUCAAGACUAUGGUGUGUAGCCCUGAGAAGACCACCAAGAGGAUGUAUGAGAGUUUCUGGAGGCAGUUCCAGCACUCUGAGAAGGUCCAUGUAAAUUUGCUUCUUAUGGAAGCGCGCAUGCAGGCAGAACUGCUCUAUGCUCUAAGAGCCAUCACUCGCUAUAUGACAUGAAGUGCUAUUACCGUUGCUCUUUGUAAUCUCACCGUCGUCGUCGUCAUUGUUGUUCUCAUGGGACACGUCAAUAAAAGUUAAAACAACAAAAAAAACAUAAAAAUUAAAGGAAAGAUCCAGAAGUGGAGGACGACAGCGAUCGUCUAUGUGGUGGAUGCCGGGGGGGGGGGGGACUCUGGAGAGACUGUAAGUGGUCUGAACCCGCUUGCUGACUGAAGAGUGUGGUUGCUUGGCCUGCAGUGCCAAAGCCCACCAGCAGAGGGCAACUUUUUUUUAUUUGUUUUUGUUUUGUUUUGUUUUGUUUUGUUUUUUGCAAAUGCGUGUAAUGGGAUAGCCUGAAACUGCAGCUUCUGGAGGCUAGCCCUUCAUUUAGUGUUUUGCGAACGCAUCUGGAUGAAGAUGCUCCUCAAAUCAUUUGUUUUUUUUGUAGAUGAAAGGAGAACCAAUUACCACAACUCCAGCGUCGGUGCAAGCAGUCUGCACUACUAUCAUGCCUUUCUACUCUGUUUUUGUUUUGUUUUUCCGUAUUGUUUUUAUUGUAGUGCAGGUGACUGGUGAGAAGAGCGUUAGUGAAGAUGAGUAAACGUGUGCCUAGUCGUACGCAGCACUGGAGCCCAAAGCAGAGGUGCUGUUCGUUAAUGCUGCUUUUCUCAAACUGAGAGGCGUGAGCCUCGAAAAACACCCAAACCAUUACCAAUUUCAUAAGCUAAACGUGUGGGAUGUGCGAGGGAGUGAGGAAUGAAAAGUGUGUGUGUGUGUGUGUGUGUGUGAGUGGUAGAGAGAGAGAUGAAAAAGAAACAGCUGUCUGAGCCCUUGUUUUUAAGUUUACUGUAAGCUACCACUCUGUCUCUACUUACCAGUGUCUGUUUAUAUAUAUAUAUAUAUAUAUCUCGUAUCACAGCCUUUUUUUUUGGUAUUUCAGGCAUAAAAAAUAUCAAAGCACUUUGUUUCUGAAAUAUCAAGAUGUAGCCGUUUUUUGGGUUAGUGACCAUCUCUUCACUAAAUUCACUUUGUGCUGUCUCGAGUUGACAGCCCAAGUGAUCGCUCGAUCCAUUUUGUUUUUUUUAUCCAAGGAUAAAAAACAAACAAACCAGUCUUCCUGUUUGAUGUGAUGUGCUUCCUGUUGGUCUGAACCCUUUCCCCAACCCUUCCCUUCACCUGUCUUCCCUUUUACCACAUGGUCAUCUUAUCUCUCAGAAAGGAGGAAAAAAAAAAAAGCCCUCAUUUUGUUUGUGUUUAGUGUUGUCAGUAUAAUCUAAAUCUAAUAAAAUACCUCCUGUUCUAGAUCUCCUUCAGUAUCUGAGUGCUCUUGGUGAGCAGGAUCUUAUCGUUUGUUAGACGGAUUUGAUGCUUCGAGCACGUCUCCCCAGAUGAUCACGAUAUAGACGCUGCUUGUUUUUCAAGAACUUCACGGAGUAUACUUAAGCAGCUUUUUUUUUUCUUCAUUUCAUUGUUGAGCACGUGUGUUUUUAAGAAGUAUAGAUUCUUUGUUUACUAAAAUAAAUAAAUCAAGUACUGCGUUCUGAUUGUGGCUGGAACAGCUGGGUGUAGAAAAGAAUGUUAAGAAAGAAAGAGGGAUGGUACUUUUUUUUUUUUGAAGAAGCAAUGAGUUUUCUUGUCUUUUUUUCUUUUCUUUUUUAAAAAAAAAAUCUUCAGAGACUGAUGUCAGUUACUGACACUUUUAUAAGAAAAUGUUUAACAGAAAAAAAUAAUAAAGAAAAUAAACAAUUUUAAGCUCUUUGUA